AUGUUUUUUAUAGCUGAUGAUGCACCAUAUAAAAUAAGAAAACCAAUUGAAAUGGAAGUAGAAGCAAAUACUAGUUUACAAAAUCAAAUUAUAGAAUUAAAAGCAGAAUUAGAAAAGAUUACUAGUCCAUCAAAUCAACAUAUUAAAGGUAUAUUAAUUUGA